UUUUAUAAUAAAACCCAUAUGAUUAGUGGAAGUGAAGAUGGCACAGUAUGUAUCUGGAGAACUAAAGACUGGGAAUCUUUAAAAGUCUUAAAAGGUCAUAAAGGGCGUGUUAAUUCUGUGGACAUUCACCCAUCGGGUAAAAUAGCAUUAUCUGUGUCAAGUGAUAAAACU